AUGCCUAUCGAUACCACACCCACUCUCUCCUCCGGUUUCGCUGGUGAAGAGUUCAUCAACAAUCUCGGCAGUGAUCUGGCACCUCUCCUGACGCUAUUCGGAGAACAGGUCACGAAACAAUUUCUCAGCAUGUCGCUCGGAUGGGCUGAUCAUAUCCUGCUCGCUGUCGGCCCACUGGGAAUCAUCACCACGGUAGUUUCCGCAGUCCGAGUUUCAAACGUCAGAGUUCUGAAAGCCAUAAUUGGACGCGCACGAGAAAAGCUAGCGACAGCAGAGCUAGAGCUACUGUCUUCGACAUCAGAUGCCACUUCCGAACUCUGGACCGAGGAAGGAAUCGUUCGCCAACCAGGUCAUGCUACGAUCCUUGAAAUGGUAGCCUAUAAGAGCAAGUCGGCCAAGAUGGCCUCAAGCCAGGAUGGAACACAGCUUGAAGCCCUAAGCGACACUCGAAUGGGCGAUCUCAGUGAAGCCUACAAUGUAGGGGUUCUCAGCCCUGCCCAAGCUGGCCGUUCAAGGAGGUUCAAAGCUUUGGCAGGAAAGUUUGAGAGUAUCUUCCGGUCGGCUUCGUCGAUUCCAAGCCAAACAGGGACUCUGAAGGAUCUCACUAGAUUGCACGAGGACAUCGCUAUGAAGAAUGCGAGAAUUGCGGAAGCGGAGGCACGGUUGGACGAGCUUGCAGAACGCAUUGAGAUUGAUUUGCUCACCGAGCGCACUGGAUCAAAUGCUGAAAAAGAUGCAUGGAGUCAAAAACCGCAUCAUUUGGAUGGAAAGACUUACAUGGGAAGGAGCAUAACCGAUCUCAUGAUCGCCGAAAAGGACACUAUGGUUGACAUUGCACAGCGUCUUGUCAGAAAGCUCGCCAACCAGCCGCCGAACCUAAUACUUAACGUACACAAUACGUUUCCAAGGAGUGGAGAGCUAUGGGCUUUGGUAAUGAUUGGAGUGGCUCUGCAACUCGUUGCGAUGGCAAUACCGGCAAUCAUGACCUAUCACUGGAGACAACCGAAGGGUUCAAAUCCCGUUCAAGACUACGCAUAUCCGACUUUCUUGCUAGGAACAUGCUUACUCGUGGUGAGCAUAGCACUAUGCUCGUACAUUAUCGAGGCAACGACUGUCGAGCAGGUGUUCACACCAACGGUCGGUUAUGUGGUGGAAAAUAUAUUCCGAUUGCAAGUGCAACAAAACAUCGGUGAUCAGCCCUUCAAAGCAUACGUCAUCUUGAACCAUGCUGAAGACAAGAAGAUCCGCACUUCAAGAUAUGAUCCAGACGAAACAAUCGAAAAUGAUGAUCAGCACAACCGAACGGCUGCGCUCUCCCUCGUUUGCAAAGCUCCCGGUUGA